UUCCCGGCUGCUCGCUCACUCGACAUGCUCUCGCAAAGUCUGCUCGUCAACACCGGGAACAUACUCUCCCUGAGCGAGGCGAGGCAGAAGGCGAGUCAGAAUUCCACGGAUGAGUUGAUCGAGACGCUGAAGGUCGUGCUCAACGAUGAACAGUGCAAGGGGGACGACACGACAGUUAUCAACGGAAAGAGGGACACGAGUUUGCAGGACGAGGAUAGGAAGGACUUGAAGAUCACCGUAAAAGUAUUUAUCUCGUCACCUGAUGUCGAUUCGCUAAAAGAGGCAUUGAAUCAAGCAUUUCAGGCACUAUGUACGGAUACUAUAGAGUCAUUAGUGAUAGCUUACAAGAGCGGCGAGAGUCCGGAAGAUAUGCUGUCGUCGUUAAAGAAAAUUUGGUCGGUGGUAGAGGAAUACGUAAAGGUUGACAAAUUAUCCAGCGUCGGACUGAGCGAUAUUAAUACAAACACUUUCAUCGAACUGUUCCAGUGGGCCAACAUAAAACCAAAUAUUGUACAGAUCAAUUUAGCCACGUGUUGCGUAGUACCACCGGCCUUGCAGGAAUUCACUAAAGAAAAUGACAUUCAGCUGUUAACACACAGCGAUCCCAGUCAAAUUCUCCCUCAAGAAGUACUAGAGAACAUAUUUGGAACUACUGCCUAUUUACACUGGCUGAUAAGAUAUCAGAUCCACCUUAAAUGCCGUGGAAUUUUAUCGUCGAAAGGGUACUUAAUGCGCAUUAAUAAGUCAAAUGUUAAGCCUUAAUGUUAGUAGCGGCGUUAAAGAUUAUUUCUGCACGAAUCAGAAUUAACGUGGUACGUGUCUCACAUUGACCUGUAUUAACAUGUUUUACAUGAAAACUUCAUGCUAAUGGAUCAAUUCUAAGCAGAAUCAAUACGGCUUGUAAUUUGUUCUCGUAAAACUUGUAAGAAGUUAUGACUGAAAUUGUAAUUCUGUGCUUAUCGAAAAACAUAUUCGUAAAGAUUUACGAUUUUCACAUAAAUCAACUAGCAGAAAGCUUGCCUGUAAAGAUACUGCAUUAAAGUUACAAGCAAUCAUAGCAGUUCUUACAAGUCUUACGAGAACAAAUUAUGAGCCUUACAAAUCUACUUAGAAUUGAUCCAUUAAUUUUUAUAAUCAUGAGCAUUUGAACACUUUAUUGUAUAUAUAUUAUUAUUAUAUAUAAGCUUUCAUAGUAUUAGUACUACGCGUCUUAUUCUUAUCAAUUAGCUCUCAAGAGUUUUUGUAUAAAUUUUUAUAGUAUGACUUGUGUAGA